CCGCUGCAGCGUGACGCACGGCACGUCGCGGCCCGCGGCGGCGUGGCCGGGACCUUUGCCCACGUAGGCGUGUCCGGAAGUUCCCGGACCUGGCAACAUGGCGGCUUCCACGUCCGGCCUCGGCGGUGGCGUCGUCCCUGGUCCCGAAGCCGGGGACUUCCUGGCCCGGUACCGGCUGGUGUCCAACAAGCUGAAGAAGCGGUUCCUGCGGAAGCCGAACGUUGCGGAAGCCGGCGAGCAGUUCGGUCAGUUGGGCCGCGAACUGCGCGCCCAGGAGUGCUUGCCUUACGCAGCCUGGUGCCAGCUGGCAGUGGCGCGGUGCCAGCAGGCGCUCUUCCAUGGGCCUGGGGAGGCGCUGGCCCUCACGGAGGCCGCACGCCUCUUUCUGCGGCAGGAGUGCGACGCUCGUCAGCGCCUGGUCUGCCCCGCCGCCUAUGGCGAGCCGCUGCAAGCGGCUGCCAGCGCCUUGGGCGCCGCUGUGCGCCUGCACCUGGAGCUGGGGCAGCCGGCCGCCGCCGCCGCCCUGUGUCUGGAGCUGGCCGCCGCCUUGCGCGACUUGGGCCAGCCGGCCGCCGCCGCCGGCCACUUCCAGCGCGCCGCCCAGCUGCAGCUGCCCCUUCUGCCCUUGGCCGCUCUGCAGGCGCUGGGCGACGCCGCCUCCUGCCAGCUUCUGGCGCGCGACUACAAUGGCGCCCUGGCGGUGUUCACGCGCAUGCAGCUCCUAGCGCAGGAGCAUGGCAGCCAUCCCGUGCAGCAGCUCCAGCCUCCACCACCGCAGACCCUGCUGGCCCCGGCGCAGUCUCAGCCCCAGCCGCCGGGGCCCCAACCCGGACCUGGCGCGACCCCCUUGGUGCCCGCCGCACCGCUCCCCCCAAACCCUGGCUCUGCCUUGCCCUCUCCUGUCGCCCUGGGCGCCUUCUCGGAGGUGCUGGUGCGCUGCGAGGUGUCCCGUGUGCUGCUGCUGCUGCUCCUACAGCCACCUCCGGCCAAGCUUCUGCCCGAGCACGCCCAGACUCUGGAGAAGUACUCCUGGGAAGCUUUUGACAGCCACGGGCAGGAGAGCAGCGGCCAGCUUCCUGAGGAGCUCUUUCUGCUGCUGCAGUCCUUGGUCAUGGCUACCCACGAAAAGGACAUAGAAGCCGUCAAGUCACUGCAGGUGGAGAUGUGGCCUCUGUUGACUGCUGAGCAGAACCACCUCCUUCACCUCGUUCUGCAAGAAACCAUCUUCCCCUCAGGACAGGGGGUCUGAUAAUCACUUUAACCAAAGACCUUUUUGCCUGGUAGUCAACCUCAUUCAUCCACUUUUGCACUUAGGGGGAAAUAAAAGGCUUUGAUCCAGGUUCUGCAUCUCCUGUUACUCAUUGUAGCCAUGGUAAUUUAGCUGACUGAAGUUACCUCCCAAAUGUGCUUUUCUACCAUCGAGGAGAAGAAAUAAAAUGGAAUAUUAUAGAAUCACAGUGAAGGACAUUUUAUCUCUUCCAAAAAACUGCAACAUUAAAAAUGAGAAUCCUUUUAAUCUUCUUUCUCUUUCACCCCCAUCUUUCUUUCCUAGUGAGCACUUGGAAACAACACUGGGUUUGCACAACUCUGAAUAAGCUGUAUGACUUUAUGGUUCAUUUCUUAGUCUGUUUCUGUGUGUGUUGGUGAUCACUAAUUUUUUCCUGUGUUUCAUCUCACAUGUUCAUGGAAGUCAUUUUAUGCCUUAGAACCUUGUUGCUAUACCCCCAAAUCCAUGAUAAAACUGAAUACUCCUGCCUUGAGAUUAAGAUUUGCCUUAUCUGUAGUAGACAACUUCACCAAUGUGUCA